AAAAGCCACCUUUUACUUCUCCCUCAAAAACAAACACCUCCUCACGAAACCCAUGCACUCGCAACAUUAUUAAUCUUGUCCGUUUCUCAUCUUCCUAUAAGAAGAGAAGAGAAGAAACUCACACCAAUAAGUUGCAACUCAAAAAACAAAAAAAAAAUGUCUGUAACAACUUCAAGAUUGGAAGAGAACCCAUUAGAGAACAUGCCUCCUAAGCCACCCUCAACUCCAAUUGUGGCACAGAAAUGGCUUCUAGAGCUAAGAAGGCAAAGGGGGAUAGCAAUUCCUUUGAUAGCCAUGAAUUUGACAUGGUUUGCCAAGAUCGCCAUCACGACCAUGUUUCUAGGCCGGCUUGGAGGGCUGCAAUUGGCCGGUGGCACUCUAGGCUUCACCUUUGCGAAUGUCACCGGCUUUUCAGUCUUGAUUGGACUCUGUGGCGCCAUGGAACCAAUAUGUGGUCAGGCUUAUGGAGCCAAAAAUUUUAGACUCCUUCACAAAACCCUUGUCAUGUCAACCUUUUUGUUACUACUAACAACACUGCCUGUUUCUUUCUUGUGGCUUAAUGUUGACAAGAUCCUUAUUCAUUUUGGCCAACAAGAAGACAUUUCAAUGGUUGCAAAGAAAUAUCUUUUCUAUCUUCUACCAGAUUUGGUAGUCACUUCAUUCCUAUGUCCUCUCAAAGCCUAUUUGAGCUCACAAAGGUUGACAAUCCCUAUCAUGCUGAGCUCGGGAAUCGCGGCCGUUCUCCACAUACCCAUCAACAUCUUGCUCAUGAAAGCCAAAGGUAUCGAGGGGGUUUCGAUGGCACUAUGGAUUUCUGAUGCCAUAGUUGUGAUUCUCCUCAUCUUGUAUGUGUUGAUAUCGGAAAAUAGCAAGGGAGGCAGGUGGAAGGAAGGAGGGUGGCGGGAACAAGGAGUUCCAGACUGGAUCAGAUUGCUCAAGCUUUGUGGCCCUUGUUGCCUCACCACCUGCCUCGAAUGGUGGUGCAUAGAGAUCUUGGUCUUGCUAACAGGGCGGCUCACGAAUGCCAAACAGGCUGUGGGAGUUUUAGCCAUUGUGCUCAACUUCGACUACUUGCUCUACUCUCUUAUGCUUUCACUAGCUACGUGUGCAUCCAUUCGCGUGUCGAAUGAGCUGGGAGCAAACCAGGUUGGCUCUGCUUACGAGUCGGCGUAUGUGUCUUUGGCUGUGAGCAUGGUUUCAGGCUUCAUCGGUGGCUUGGUGAUGGUAGCAGCCAGAGGUCCUUGGGGUUAUCUGUAUAGCCAUGACAAGGGGAUUAUAAGAGGGGUGAAGAAGAUGAUGCUGCUGAUGGCUUUGGUGGAGGUGGUGAAUUUCCCACUGGCGGUUUGUGGAGGAAUAGUCCGCGGCACAGCCAGGCCUUGGUUGGCCAUGUAUGCCAAUCUCAGCGGGUACUACUUGCUGGCUUUGCCUUUGGGUGUGAUUUUAGCUUUCAAGAUCCAUCUCGGGCUCAGUGGACUGUUGACAGGGUUCUUGGUUGGAAUGGUUGCUUGCUUAGUUCUGCUGCUGGUGUUUGUUGUAAGGAUUGAUUGGGUUGAAGAAGCUGCUAAUGCACAAAUACUUGCCAGUAGCGCGGAGGAGGUUGCUAAGGACGAUGACGAUCGUAAUAACUCGGUAACAGGCGAGAGCACUGCAGUAAUGAAAAGGAUGACAAAAUCAGAGCUGCACCCCAAUGGUGUUGCAUAACCAAAGUUCACUGGUGUAGCAUCGCUGACAUUACAUGUU